AUGACGCAGUGCAUCGUUCCCCUUCUUGGAGGCGACAUCGAGGUUCUGAUUCUCAUCAAGCUUGUCGGCGUCCUUCUUGGCCCGCAGCAGAUGACCGAGGCCGUGAACGCGCUCGCCGCGCGCACCGGGGCCGACCUCGGCUCCGGCGCGAAGCAGCAGCAGGCCAGGGAUGCCGUGGUGGCGCUGCUGCUCAUGGUGAACGAGGCCACCCGGUUCCAGACCGUGUCGGCGUUCGUGGCCGGCCUGAUGCACCCGAAGGCGGCGGCGAAGAGAGGGACGAUCACCAAUGAGAUGAAGGCGCAGGUGAACGGGUGGCAGGACCUCUCCAGAGCGCUGCUCCAGACGGAUCGAUGUGAUGUAGACAAGCCUGAAGGCAAGGGGAAAGGCCAAGAGGAAUCAGCUGCAGAAAAGAAGCCACCUCCUAUUCGCCCGCGCCCGGGAGCGUUCCAGGCGUCUGAUCAGAUGGAUGUGAAGACGGCGCACAAGGCGGCGGCGACGGUGGGGAUCCUCCUGUUCGUCCAGGUGCCGGGCGGGAUGGACGAGACCAAGGCGCUGCAGAUGUUCCGCGCCAGUGUCAACUACUAGCUCGAUCGCUUGGUGUAGCUUGGAGUAUACAUAGUUUGAUGAUACAUACGUACGGCCUGAAAAUAAGUAUGUUUGGGAAUACUUCAACGGUAAAUAAAGAAGUGAGCAGAUUCCACUUUUUA